CAUUUCACUACUGGCUCCGGGACUGCAUGAUAAUGUAAUCUAGUUUUCUUCUUGGACACAAGGGGAAGAAUAAAGAGAAGGGCAAUCUAGAUAUAGUUUCAUAGUAAGUUAACUCCCUUGCCAUCAAAAGUGUGAGCAAUUUUCGUUCCUGAUACUGCAAGAGGAAAGCACUGCCGUAAUAAUAAGCUAAACAAUGUGUUUUAUGCGAUAGCUGAGAUAUUUCCACCUUGCAGAGGCUGAAAUUAGAACUGUUUCCCAUUUUUGCCGCAGAUUGUUUAUUGUUCAGGAUGGAUCGUGUUAGAUUUAUUUCUAUUCACUACUAUUCGGUGUCCAUCUUGAUGACAUUUACUUCUAUGGUGGGCUCAUCUUCUUGCCCGCCGGGUUACCUUCCCCCCGACUGUAGCACGAGAUGCCCGCCAGGUGUGUACGGCCCCAGCUGCGCCUCUGUCUGCUCCAGCAGUUGCGUGAACCGGGAGUGCGACUGGCUGUCCGGAGACUGCCACAAAUGUCGGCCAGGCUUCAGAGGGAGGAAGUGUCUAAGCAGGUGUGGACCUGGCUACUACGGGGACGGUUGUGGGAAACGUUGCUCUCCUCGCUGUCUGAGAAACAGCUGCGACCCUCACACGGGAUACUGCAACGGAUGUGCUCCUGGGUACCGAGGCAGCAAGUGUGAGAUCGUGCUUCUCAACGUCCCGACUCCUGGACCUUUUCACCGUGAGGGAGGUCGGUCUGGAGGUGGCGCGUUUGGCAGGAACGGAAGGAGGGGUUCCCCAAUGGAUGAGAAACAAUACACUGUGGCGUAUAUUCUUUUGUUAUCGCUGGCGUUUCUAGGCCCUGGGAUAAUGAUUCCGCUAGCCGUGUAUUUCCUGAAGUGGAAAAUGAAACACAUGGAGCGGGCAAAAACAAAGAACGUUUCUCGCAAAAAGACCAACCCUGUUUAUAAGAAUAACCAACGAACACUGCCGGGGCACACAUUUUUGUCAAAAGCUAGGAAUGGUCGACUUAAGCCCUCAAUCAACGAGUCCGAAAUCUUUAAAUCCGAUAAUCAGAAACUGACUGACCGAAAAAGGUACUUGGGUCCUUUGGAAAAGAACAAAGUAAAAGCUUUCUUUGGAGCAACAGGACUCGCAAGCAGUGUCCAAGAAUUAGACAGGCCGUCCAAAACUUCGAAGGGUCAGGAUUUAGAGAAAGGUGCAUCACAAAUCGUUUCCUCAGCAAAUGACGAGGGGGGUGAUCUUAUGCACAAUGAUGUAAACGUUCCCAAAGAUGAAAUGUUGGGAUCUCCUACACGGUAUCAUUUUCUGACGCAACAGACAUCAGUCACCUUGGAAACUGCUCAAAUUUUCUCCAGGAAUCUUUUCUUGGAAACACGGCAAGACUCUAGUAGUGACACUUCCCGUGGUGGAGGUGGUGUUGGUGGUGGUGAUGAUGGUGAUGGUGGUGGUGGUGAUGGUGGUAGUGAAGGUAGUAAUAGUGGUGGUGGAAGCAAUAAUAGUGGUGGUAGUGGUAGUGAUGUAGGUGGUGAUGAUAGUAGUGAGAAUGAGCAGGAUAGUGAUGUCAAUAUAGAGACCUACAACGGUGACAAAAUUUCACAACAUCGGUUUCACCCACCCAUCCCUGAUAAAGAAUCACCGAAUCAUACCCACAUUAGUCGCUGGAGCGACUUGGAUACGGCAGAGGUUCGACACCCACAGGCUGAGAAAAAGCAGAAGCAUCGUUUCGGUUUUAGACGACUAGCCCAACCUUUUAUCUCCCUGCAGUAUCUGACUAAGCGUAUUUUCUUCCGAAGAGCUACAACUACAAACGUCACGGAGCAUGUGGGGUGCGCUGAAAGUGAACGACCACUUGGAAGUCUCCCAGACAGUAAAUAUUUGGAGCCUGAAGGAGACCCAUUUGACCGUGUGUACAAGCCAACCACAAGGUCAAUCGUCAGUGGGACGAUACCUAGGGCUUGGUCCAGGGCACGUCUAACUUUUCUCACCAGUUCAUUAAGUCCACUUUUGUCAUUGCUCUCGUCUCAGAAACAGCGAUGGGGAGCAAUGGAUUCAACCGACGCGGGGUGCAACAGAGGUGGUGUUCUUGUUUCUGCUGUAGACCAAUUUGAAAAGAGCCCUGGAUUCCUGAAUAACAGUGUUGAAGCUAAUCUACAUCGACAGUGCGAACCCCUCGAAAUAGUUCAAGUGCAUUCGUCUGUUAGCGAUCCAAGCGGAAGCGGUGAAAACUCGACGAUGAAAAUAAGUCAGAGAUCUAGUGACGAAGGCAGAGUAAACGGUAUUGAACUUGCUGUUCUUGAUGAUAACAGUCGCACUAGCAAAUUCAAGCAGCUAACGUCACCUCAAGAACAGCUCCUUGUCGAAGAAAAUGAGACAGAUCGUUGUCGAGCAACUGACAAAUCCUCCAACAGACAGGACACGCUGGGAACUCCCGAUACGUCGCAUGGCUCCUGGUCAGAAAAGGAAUGCUUCUCUCAGGAUCAAACCAGUUCCAAUGAAGCAGCGCUUCGCACAGAACUGCAAGAAAAUUCUGGUUCUCGAGUAUAUGCAAAGACUCGGAAUUUAUAUUUAAAGGAAAACCAAUUAGAUGCCAAAACCUCAAGUCCAAAGCAGGUUUCAGACUUGACAAAUUCAGAAAACAGCAAUGAACCGUUUUGGAAAAUUUCUGAUAUUGGUCCAAUACCCGUCCCACUUGAAACGGGAAGUGAGCCCGAGGGGGUGGACAUUGUAAAUGUUGAUUCUGCCCCUGACAGCCUCAACCCCUCGUUCGCUCUCGGCACGUCUCAGCUACACUUAUUUACGCAGAAAGUAAAACCUCGAUCUUUGUGGCGAAGGGAACACCAGUACCACAGAGAAAUCCCCUCCAUUUAUCAAAGCGACGAGGAAGCAAAAAUCAAUGAAUUCUCAGUGUUGCCUGAGCAGAUUUUGCGUCCAACAUUCUCGGACUGUACAUCGACUUCCCCGUCACAGAUUUACGCAGAGACUCCAGCGUGUGGCAGUGAAUAUGUCCAUGAUACUGCAGAAGAAUUACGUCCAAAAUCUGGAAUCAGCGGUAAAGCGGUAUCCGAAUCCCGUAAGAUAUUAAAGACACCUAAUAUCCAAGAGCAAGCUCAUCCUUAUUCAUCUUCUCGAGCACAUCCAACUGGCGUGUGCAAUGCAUUACCAGGUGGGCAAAUUCUGCACCUGAGUGAAAAUGAAACCCGUUUUAAAAAUGCCAAAACGAAGACAGGCCACUCGAGUGGAUUCAGUCGUAGAACUCCCGAAAGUGGAACUAGAGAAGCUCGAAUUCGUCAAAGAAAUUCUAGGCGCUGCUCUAAUGUUGAGGGGCUGGAGAAAACAAGAAAAAGACUGGGAGUUGAAUUGUCUACAGAUCAGUUAGUGCAAAUCUGCGAGCUCUCGGAGAGCUCAUUCGGUCAGCAGCGAUUCUUAUCAAGCCCGAUAACAACACAUCCUCCGAACGUAGUAUGUUCUGGAAAAUGGACUUGGGCCUUCCAGAAAAAGCCGAAGCUCUUGGAUUUGCACGUAUCAGAGUCCACGUCGACUGCAGCUUUGAACAAAGCUGUUCUGAUAGCAGACAGGGCCUCUUCAAGUACAAACAUGCGUUUCGUGUCAUUGCAUCGAAAGCCAAAACAACUCGUCUCGAGCCCGUUAAAGUCCUCAUCACCCUCGACCCCAGGAUAUUCAGCUGGUUUGUCCGCGUCUGGUCGGUCAAAGAUGCUAUCCUCGUCACAUACGUCAAAGGAGAAUGACGCAAAGUCAGAUGCGUCGAUGUUUUGGCUUGAUAAGAAACGAGGUAGGACUGGAAGAGGCAGUCACCGCUCCAAAUAUUUGCUGAGAAAGUCAGCGAUGGAUCACCUCCUGGAGGGUAAGUCUGAACGGGAAGGACAAGGUCAAGGCGGAGUGAGUAGCGUCCCCGACUACUGUCAUCUAACCCAAAACAUCACACAGGUGAGACUGCGCCAAGGCAUUCACCGGUCGUACGUUGAGAGUUACGACAUACGCGGAAAGGCUCAAAGAGAAAAGCAGAAGCCGCCAAAACACCACAAGGCGUCGUCAGCGACUGUUGAGAUGGUGCACGUAGCUUCAGGGACAUCGGACGGUGGCAAGGUCAGGCUUGGUACACACCAUAACUGCAAGAAGUCUGGUAGUACGGACUUGGUCAUAGGCAAAAGUGAAAUCAAUGACCGUCUGGAAAUCAAAAAGAAGCCGACACCUGCCCCACGGCGGACAAUCAACAAAUUGAACAAGUGCCAACAAGUAAGGACAAAUCAUAAUGAAGCUGGACAACUCACACUAUCUCUGUCACAAAUUCAGAGAGAGGAACUGAAAAAUGCGGAUCCACAAAUAGCAGAGCCCCUUGGUGGAAACGCGGUAUCAGACACAGAGACUCGAAAGGGAGAUGGUGGUAUAAAAUUCGAACUUGAAAAUGUGAGUGAGCUUCCGAUAUUAAGCUCACGUGGUAACAGACCAAUUCCCAAACGGCGGAAGCUUGGUUCACGCUUGCCCUCGGCCGGAGCUGAGUCACGUGAUGAACUUUGUGGUAAAAAGCCAGCUGGGAUCAAUUCGGACCAUAAGUUCAAAAGUCGCCAAAACUCAAACUCUUCCCCUGUUCCUCCUUCUAAUUCACCGUCUCAAGCUGAAGGCUGUCGCACAUCAAGUGUUCCUGAUGUCACAUGCCCUGAGCAAAUUGAAUCUGAAAGAAUUAAAACACCUCUCAGUCUACCUUCAGCGAGUGAAACAUUUGCACGUAAAAAGAGGCGUUCUGGUGCUACUCCUAAAGCACCGAUUUCUUCUGAGAACGAGCCUUUCUCUGUCGAUUUAUCCUCGCCACCGUGCAGUAAAUCUACAAAGCCUUCUGGGCGAAAAGAAUCCGACCUGGUCUUUGACCCAUCACCGACGAGUGACAUGAUGCCUGAGGGUUGGGAGAACUCUUCUGCUAAGGAGGUGCCAAAAGUGCAAGCAAAUAGGAGCGGCUCAGUGUUACAGGGCCCUGAUCUUUGCAAAGUCGCCUCACAAAUGUGUGAAAGUGAAGCCUACCGUUCUGAUGGUUACGAAAAAGAAUCACAUGAACAAACAGAGAAUGAAAUCGAAUCGUCCGAACUAAUCGUGUGUGCUGAAGACGUAUGUCAACCAAAUAUUUCUGAAAUCGACUCGCAUUGGUCGGUUGUUUCUGACAUUGAGUCAUAUCCGAAAGCUACUGUCUUUAAAAUUGAAACACGUCAACGAGUCGCUUCCGAGCUGCAGCCAGGUUUCCAGGAGAUUUGUGAAGUGGAGGUUGAUCAACUAAUUAGUUCUUGUCAGUAUUUAUCUCCUGAGAGGGAGUCUCUUCAAGCCAAUGCCGGCGACAUCAAGAUGAAACAAAGUGUCGUUUGUGAGCCUGAAUCAUCAAAACCAUACAAAACGGAACCUCUUCAAACACACGUGUGCCCUAUAGAUAUUUGUGAAUCUAGUGUUUUUGCAACUGAAUCACAUUUGAGUAACAUCUCAGAAAUAAAGUUGCAUAAAAACGACGCUUGUGAAAUCGAUUCAAGGCAGUUUGCUUGGGCUGAAACCAAAGAGCGUCAACCAACUUUGAGUGCACUUCAGACAUAUCACCUAAACCUCUGUGAAGCCAUACCGCGUCAGGAUGAGGUGUGCAUUCAUGAGGUAUGUAAGAUUAGAGAAUGUCAUUCGGCUCUUGACGAAAUCACAUUGUGUCCUCCACUUUUCUGUUGCAAAAAGCUUGGUACUUGUCAAAUUAAUGAUCGACCUCAGUUCGGAAUACAUCAAGUGGAAUUAAAAGACAACAAACAGAGUGGUGUUAAAUGUUGCCAAAGGCCUGUAGAUAGACCGGACUCCUGGCAAACCGAUAUGAGCGGUCUGAAUUUCCAGUCGACUACUUUAGGUGGGCCUGAAAUGCGUCAGUCGACUACAAGUACAAGUACCUUUGCGUCAUGUUUUCCCAGCGAGUGUGACCUAGAGUUAUGCCACCCCACUUUGUGCGAGAGUAAGUCAUGCCAAAACGAUAACUGUGAACUGGAAGCUGAAGAGCAUCGUCCUGAUAAGAUCUUGAAUUUUGACUCUUUUCAUGGUAAAGGUUUUGGUCGUGGUGAUCAAGAACAUACCCCUGCUAAUGAUAACAAAAACGGUAGCAAAGUAGGGAAAAGCAAACCAAUUACAGAGUCUCUUGUUACCCCAAACAAACAUUAUGGCACGUCACAUAUGAGUGAUCUCGUGCGAAGCGAGUCAGUCCUCAUACCCACAUUAAUUUCACAAGCAUGUGAAACAAAAAGUCCACCAUCCGGCAAUCCUAGUUUGGAGACUGUGAAGAGUGAAACAAAAACGAUAUCCAAGGCAUUAAAUGAGCGCACCAUUAGUGAAAGGCGUGCCGAAAACUCAGUUCAACCGCCCACUUCCGAGGUCUCAAAAUGUGUCCCAAUAAACUGUGGUCACUCACAGGAAUACGCAAGAGUUUGUAUAGAAUAUGAGAGAGACAGUGCGUGUAAUUAUGGAAAGGAUAGUAAAGGGAGAUGUUUAAAUAGGGUUGUAACUUACCCAGUGCCCACGUUGCUCAAAGACACAACAGAACUUGGGAUAUGUGUGGGAAAAGUGGAUACCCGGUCCUUUAUUGUAGAUGAAGACGAGAAAUCACCCAAAACUCAACAUGUAGCAGAGGAAGUGGACAACACAAAAGGGGGUGUUCAUGUCCCUCUAUGUGUUCCCAUCAGCAAAGUCCAGUCUAAAGAUGAGUCCAACACCACCAGAACUCCGACGUCGGUGUCUCUCUGUGAUGAACCUUGGAGCUCAAACACAACGGAUCUCGUAACUGCAAGGACAAGUCCUCAAGAAAACAAUGACUUUCCUUCUGUAACAAACUUCCACACACAACCUGUUCGUGACUCCAGUUGUUCUCAUACAUGGGAACAAGUCACGGGUUCUUUAGACAGUCAAACGUGUCCAGACAAACACUUUGUAGGAAAAUCUGUGAAUCGUUUUGCUGAUACAAUACUAAAUCUAAAGAAUAAAAAUACCAGCAAACUAGAGAAAAAUGUGUCCGGAGAAAAUGUCAGUUCUCUGUGUGCUGACACUUUCGAUGCUAGGGAAACAGAGACCGAAAAACUCAAGUCUGGGAAAAGUAAUGAGACCCAAGGAAGGUUGAGUUCGUCGAUCUCGAGCUACCAUACGGGUAAGGAGCUUUCCAAAAAGAAGGGGAAACAUGAGAGUAAACUUGCGUCUCAAGUCUCUGGUGAAGAGUUAGAGCGGUCGAAGCACAAACAGAGAGAAGCGGGCUUACGUUCUUCAAAAACGGGCUGUCACAUAGCUGGAAAAAACAAAAGAGGGUUGACAGAUGACACUGGAAUGAUGCCCAAGGGGGAUGUAAGUAGACCGAAAAAUAAGACUUCAAAGGGGCUCAGAUUUUUUAUAUAUCAAAACAGUCUUCCGAGAUCAGACGGUGGUCACCCAGGCCUCUCCCCUCAAAACAGUGUACUUGUAAGUAAUUCUAAAGGCCUGACGUCACUUGCCAAACCAGCUACCAAACUAAAAUCGCCCAAACCCACUCUCUCUCCAUCAUCAAACGUUGUAUAUAGGCUAAACGAAGUGUGGCUAGAGAAACAAAAGCAUGCCGCCAGACUGAAGAGAAAGAGAAGAAACUCUUCUCCACGAAUGAAAACGCAGAAUUACCCAGUAUUUUCUUUCCAGUCUAAAUUAAAUCCUGUUACUCGUGAAAAGAGUAGUUGUGGUAGAAAGCCAAAACGUGAGAGAAAAACGGACUAUAACGAGAGCACGCGUUACGAUUCUCCAGCGCCAGCGGAAAAAGUAAGUUGUUCAAAGUGCCUGUCGACGUCUCCUUCUAUCAACAAAGGGAAAUACUACAGCCCUGCGGCCAGUCUCAACAGCAAGUCGUCUAACACCCGGCCCUUCAGAUCCCCAGACAGGAAAGCCAGGCGAGACACGAAGGCUGGCGAUUCACGGUCGUCGACAUCGGUGGAAGUGGUGUCCGCAGAGAGCUGGGGGUUGGUUGAGGUCCCUUUGGUCAAGGCACGAGUCCGCGGUCGGUCGUCCACUGCAGAGGUAGAUGCCAAUCCUUUCGCAUCUGAACAGCAAGAACUGUUUGAGGACGUUAGUAUGAUAGAGCCUAACUUCGAGGCAAUUGCUUACGGGUCGGACACGUCACAUAUCGCGGAUUCCGAAAGGGCCUCUUGUUGUAUACAUCAUACCAGUCCCUUCCACCAAAAGGGCAAACGAGUGUUAGGUUCCCAAAGACCAGUAUUCAAAUCGUUGUCCUCUUCCUCAGUGAGUUCAGAUACUGUGCAAUUCUACGACACGUUCGAUUCAAACUCAUAUCUGUGAAUAGAAAAUGAUCCAACAAUAUGUUUUAAGACUUCUGGGUAUGUUUUUUUUUAAGAUCAUGAUUACUGUUUUUCUACCCCAGCAGAGGCGGGGAUAAUAAUGCUGUCAAACCUGUACACGACGACCAUCCAUUGUCAAGAUUGUCAAGAAGGAGAGUGGUCAUCUUAGACAGGUGAUCCUCUUGGGCAGUGACAGUGAACAUAGUAUGCGAGUGGGUGGUUGGCGGGAGCACUGGUGCUGUUUGCCUCAUCUUUCCUGUAAACCUCUAUAGUCCUCAUUUCUCUUCCUUUUCUUUGUAUAUUACUCUCUAGUAACGCCUGUAGUCUUAGGCACUUAUCCUAUUAUGUGUUUCAAGUGCCGUAAAACUCUUACUAGAACUUAAACUGAACACGAUACGUUUGUAGAAAAAACACAAGGUGGUUGGGGAGGGAGGGGGAAUGGGACGUGGUUAUUUGUACAGGUGACUGUCUUGGACAAGUUUCCGUUAUAGCAGGUUGGACUGUUGCCUGUUGCCUGUUGCUCGUUGCGUUGUCAACAACAGAUGCAUCUGUUCUACUGGUGGAGGUCUUUCUCACACUUCGCCUCUUUAUCUCUCUCUUUUGUUUUUGGUAAGUGUUUUACGGCGCUCGCAACUGCAUA